GUGCGCAGAUGGUAAGUGCGCAGAAGAGCAGAAUUUGGACAUGCUUGGUGAGGGACAUUCGCGUUGUCUCUAGAAAGUAAAAGCAUAUAUUUUCGUUUAUUUUAUACUAAUCACGCUUACGGACAGAAGCACAUGCUAAGGUUUUUUUCCAAGUUGCCUGCUUCCACAGGCCUCACGUGGAGGUACAGGCGAAAGAACACAUUCCUGAUCAACACAGCCUGAAGGAUGGCUUCAAAGAUCUACUACACCGGAGAGGGUGGUGUACGCUUCAAGAAAAGGAAAGCACGGUUCAGUUUCAGUGAAGUACACAUAAUGUUGGAUGAAGUGAAAAAACAUCACCAUAUACUUGUUGGGAGACGUAAUCAUAGCGUGGACAGCAACCUGAGAAAGCGCACGUGGGCUACAGUAACCGCGGCCGUCAAUGAGAUCGGCGAGUGCCAGCGCGAGGUCAUCGAGGUGGUCAAGAAGUGGUCGGACCUCAAGUGCGACACCCGCAGGAAGCUGAUGGCCAUGCGUACCUCGAGCCCGGGCAACCAAAGCCUCGGCUUCCGCAGAACCCGGGACCUGAGCGCCACGGAGAAAAUUGUGCACCAGAUCCUACAGAUGGACCACAAGAACCCGAGAAGCCUGGAGGAACACAGUCCAGUGGGCGAGGAGGGGCUGGACGGGCUGGAUGAUCGGGGGGAGUCUUCUCUCAUGGGAGACGAGGACUGGAACCCAGCUGGUACUCCCCCUGACUUAGACGUGCGGUCGCCUAUUGCCUCGUACUUGCUGGACACGCGUGCCAUCCGAAACCUUCAAGAAGAUCCAUCGGUCGCCGCAUACUCGAAAGCGCCGUCGCCAGACCACUUCCGCCGUCCGCCCCCGCCGCAAGCCACGUUGGCCCCCCUCUCCUCCUUAGCGGCGGUGGCGCCGUUGCCCUCGGCGUCCUCCUCUUCCUUCUCGGCCGUCCUGCCCGAGACGCCGGCCCCCCCACUGGACGCGCAGGGCUCCAUGCUGCAGAGUGCGGCGCUCAGCCUGCAGGAGCAGCACACCGCCAACGUGCUGCUGGAGACGGUGUCGCGCUCCCUGGAGCUGCUGGCCGAGUCGCUGCAGCAGCUGGCCGAGAGCCAGCACUCGUUUGUGCGGCAGUCCCUGCAGCUGCAGCGCGAGACGGUGGACGUGCUCCGGAACUUUGCGGGCGGCGCCGUCGCCCUCAUGCACGACAAACUCAACGGAAAGCCGCCACUGUAGCGGACGCCGGGGGUGGGGGGGGUGGGCGUUAAGGAACGACAAAAGGGCCACGCGGUUAAGUGUUUUUAAUUUGCGGCCGUUGGACCCAAAUAGUCUGGUACUCGAGGCCGCAAAGACCGACGUCAAAAUCCAACGAUGACUAGUGCAGGGGUGCCCAACCAGUCGAUCGCGGCCUACCAGUAGACCGCCGACAGAUCCCAAGUCGACCGCGAGGGGUGAAGAAGAAAACUUUUUUUCUUUUUUAAUAAAAUGAAAUUUGCGCGGUUGCACAUGCGCUGUCAACAGCAGUUGAAAGCCGUCAACAGUAGUUACGCACUCCUAAACGUUGGCAUGGCUGAGGGGAAACGAGCUAAGACCUACCAUUUUCACCCUGAGUGGGAGGAAGAUUAUUGAUUAUUGUUGAGAAGGUGCCGUGCGCAGACGGAAUGAAACCCCCACCGAAGUCCGUAGGUUCACGAUGGGCCCCCCCCCCCCCCCCCCCCCCCCGCUUGAAGGUAGGUUUGCAAUGAUGACACUAGGCUGGUAGAUCUCGGGAUGUUGGCUACUUGACAAGUAGAUCUUGGGUCAAAAAGGUUGGGCACCCCUGACUUAGUGGAAUCCCCUAACCGUACAGUUUAUACUGCUUCCAGAACCAUGGGAUGAGGAACUUUGAAUGAAUGUCCACCAGUGUUGAAUAUCCAACCUGUGGAAUAGUAAUGGAGGAGUAACUGUGUGUGUCUCACUGCUAGCUACGUUUCCCCAGACAUUAAUAUUUGUAGGGAUACAGAUGAGGUGUAUUUUUUAAUGCAAUCUUUCAAUGUGAGCAACGAUUGUUUGCUAUGUCGAGUGUUGAUUUUUUUACACUUUAUAUACAUUCUUUCUGACUGUGACCAUUAUAUGGUCAGUAUUUUUGUGCCAGGCAGAUUUACGUGUGCAUUUCUAAGCAAGGCAGGAUUUUUAUGUACUUUAAGGUGGGGGAUUUUUAAUGAUUCAAAACAAUGCUAUACCUUAAGUGGAAGGUUAAUAAUAAUAAGGUCAAAAGGAUAUGAGGAACUAUAUCAUAUUUACAGAUGAUUAAACACUGAAGUCCAUUGUUUCAAUACAGUUUUGGAGUUCUGCACAUUGAGUUCUUUGACUUUUACACUUUCAUUGUUUGUUAAUUUCAACAAGCUAUUGAUUUGAAGUUCCUUGCAAACAAUAAAAUCCUGAUAGACCUCAAUUUCUGAAUCAUGUCACAUUUUGAACCACAUAGGGUGGCAUAUGAAAUGCAUAGGGGGGCACAAUUAUUAUUAGCCUACAGUACGUAUAUUUUGAAUAAUCCUAUCCUCUAUUCGCGCAGCACAUAAUCAUUACGUUAAACAUACCGUAACCAACAGCAAUAUGACCCGGUAGUCUAUAGCCUACAUCACAUCGUUCCUCAUCAUUUAAAGCAUUACAUUACAUAGAAGCAAUGCUAUGAAUAUAUAUCCAUAAAACAGUGGACUAUACAACAUAUUAGGUGUAAAAGAAGUGAACAGGGAUAUGCAUUGCCAUUAGACACACAUACACACACACAAGGUAGUAUAGGCCUACUUUGAGUGGAGUCAGCGCUGUCCUCCCUGCUGUCAGUACAGCGGGAGGCGGCGUUCCUCCGAGCUGAACCUCCUCAUCAACAUAUCCUUUCACUCGGACGUAAACUUGUGAGUCAGGUCCUUUCAAAAGCAAGCUGAAUCAGCUAGCCUUGCGUCUGUGCAGCAUACUUCGCCGAUGCUCUGAGAAGACGUUUUUCAGUGUGGAAAAUUAGUUUUCACACAUUGCUGUGGAAGCUCCUAAAGUUAGGGCACGGGUGUAGGCUGUGAGAACAGCCUACAUAGCCUGGAGUGCAGUUGAAUGUGGUAAGGAUGUUUGCUAUUUUCCGUCUUCGGGGGGAAUCGGGGUGUCAUUCAUUUUCUUAACCAGGAACUCACGAGCCACAGUAUAUUCAGAUUCAGCCACAUCAGUUCCAGCUAAUAGCAGGAGAGGGGUUACCUUUGAUGGGUCCAGGAAAUUAUCCCCGGCCUCUGGGUUCAUAGCAGCCAGUGCGCCAAUGAGCUCGCUACUGCACUCUCCAAAACGCGCAUCCAUCUCUCCUUGCACAGCAUCAAUAACUGUAAAAUACUCUCUUGAACUCAGUCUUUUCGUCUAUGUCACUUUGUGGCUGACCAACUGUUGCUUCAACUGUAAAUCCACGGAGGUUCUUGUUAAUUGACCGUCUUCUCUUGGUUGGACCGGGGUCGGACACCGGCACAGCCUCCGUGGCCGUGGCUGGAGGAGCGCAGAGAUCCCACAGUGUCUUCACACAGUCUGAAGCGCUGUUCACAAGUGUGCAAGUGUGACCUUGGUGAACAAGUCCAUAUCAUCGGCUUGUGGUAGUCUGUUAGGCGGCUCAAAAAGUGACAACCGUUUCUUAACAAGGUGCGCAGUGAAAAGAAAACGCUGCAGCGUAAUGUAACGAAGCAGCCCCGUAGCCUCGACGCGAACCUCGGCUCCAAGGCCUUGUGUGUUUUCCACCUCGGUCAGUAAUGUGAAUAUUUCGUAAAAACUUUUCACCACAACUUUUACCGUUGCUAAGUGGCCAGUCCAUCUCUGGUCCAAGAGACGUUUCAGGGUUUCACCUUUGUACAGAACAGCCACGGUUGGCUUCCUGAUGAAGUUGUACAUGAAUCACAACCAAAUUAAGUUGGUGAUUAAAGCAAUGAAUAUAUGGUGUGUUACGAUCCAGCUUGUUUUGGAGCAAUUUCUGCACACCACCAUGCCUGCCAGACAUGAGUGAUACGCCAUCAUAAACCUGACUCAGAAUUUUGUCUGUGCUGAGUCCUGCGCUGGUGAGCUCAUCAAUGAUGACACCUGUCAGAGCCUCGGCAUCACCUUUCUCAGGUGUGGCCAUUACCAAGAGGCAUUCACACACACCAUCGUUUUCGUCAACAAAACACACAACUACAGAUAUAUUUUCUUGGCCCAAAGGAUCCCGUGUGCCAUCCACUUUAAUUGAAUACCAGCUAUCGCCGACUUGCCCACUAUCUCCUCUGUCACAAGUUUGCUCAUC